UGAAGCAGUGUAGAAGCUGGGCUCACUUGUAGCUCUGUGGUACCGCUCUUUUCAAACCCGCAGAGCCCAAGUUGGAUUCCCAUUACUGGAAAAGGGAAGGGAAAAUAAGAAAACCCAUUCAAAGAGCCUGCUGGCUCUUUAACCCAGAUGUUCUUUAGGAUUGUGGCUAGAACCCAAACUAUACAUAGCAUUCUAGAAUACAAAAGUAGGGAACGUAAGGGGAUAAAGGUCAGAGUAGGAAGACCACUACGUGCAGAUUCAGUCUUCUGUUACAUUCCUUGGACUCUGACGGGGUGUCUUCAUGAAUAUUCAUCUCUUUCCUGAAAUUGUUAACAGUGAAAGACUUAAAGAUUUGAGCCACUUUUAAAAAUCCCAUCCCUUGGGAGGAAGAUGAGUUAUGAGGAAGAUACUUAUGAGUUCGAGGCUAGCCUUGUCUGUAGAGCAAGUUCCGGGACAGCCAGAGCUACACAAGAAAAACCCUGACUGGAGAAAAACAAAACAAACAAACAAACAAAAAAGGAAAAACAACAGAAAGAGUUCUCACCUUUGAAUCAGUUAAUAUAAGCUGGAUAAAGGACCAAGUGGGGACGUGGAAACUAGCUUUUAUUAUACGAAAUACUUGACACAGCCCCCAUGCCUACAACUCUCCUUCUGGUGCCUGUGUACCUUGGUUCCUGUAACCUUAUUCCUGGAAGUUGGGUAUGGCUACCUCCCCGUUCCAAGACAAACAAUUACACUUUCUUCCGGCUUAGCCGUUGGAGCUAAAUACUGGGUACCAGUGAAGCUGGGGCAUUUCCUUCUUGACUUUUCCUAACAGUAUUACAACAAUUGUGCCGCUUUGAAUAAUGAACAAACAUAAAAAAAAAAUAGACUGUUGGCUUCCGGAUAGAGCAACAUGACCUCUCCCUCCUUAGCUGUGUAACUCAGAGAUUGUUCAUUCUUCCUGAAUGAGGACGGUUUAAAUCAUGGAAAAGCACGGCAAGCAAACUGAAGCUCCCCACCCAGGACCAUAUAUGCCAGCUGGGUAUGCCCCUCAGUAUCCACCAGCAGCUUCCCAAGGACCUCCAGAACAUGCUCCUUACCCCGUACCCCAGGCUGGCUACCAAGGACCCCAGGCUCCCUAUCCAGGGCUCCAACCUGGCUACCCAGUCCCACCAGGAAGUUAUGCAGGUGGUGGCCCAAGUGGUUUUCCUGUCCAAAAUCAGCCAGCAUAUAAUCAUCCCGGUGCGCCUGGAGGGACUCCAUGGAUGCCAGCCCCACCUCCUCCCCUGAACUGUCCACCUGGGCUGGAAUACUUAACUCAGAUUGAUCAGAUACUGGUUCAUCAGCAAAUUGAACUUCUGGAAGUCCUAACUGGCUUUGAAACAAAUAACAAAUACGAAAUCAAGAACAGUCUCGGGCAGAGAGUUUACUUCGCAGUGGAGGAUACUGACUGCUGCACUCGAAACUGCUGUGGAGCGUCUAGACCCUUUACCUUGAGGAUCCUGGAUAAUCUGGGCCGAGAAGUCAUGACUCUGGAGAGACCCCUGAGAUGCAGUAGCUGCUGCUUCCCCUGCUGCCUGCAGGAGAUAGAAAUCCAGGCUCCUCCUGGGGUGCCCGUAGGUUAUGUGACUCAGACCUGGCACCCAUGUCUGCCAAAGUUCACUCUCCAAAAUGAGAAGAGGGAGGAUGUUCUAAAGGUGGUUGGUCCCUGUGUGGUGUGUAGCUGCUGUUCAGACAUUGACUUUGAGCUCAAGUCUCUAGAUGAAGAAUCGGUAGUUGGCAAAAUUUCCAAGCAGUGGUCUGGUUUUGUGAGAGAGGCCUUCACUGAUGCAGACAACUUCGGGAUCCAGUUCCCGCUAGACCUUGAUGUGAAGAUGAAAGCUGUGAUGCUCGGGGCUUGUUUCCUCAUAGAUUUUAUGUUUUUUGAAAGAACUGGAAAUGAGGAACAAAGAUCAGGAGUAUGGUAGUAGUUUCCUGAGAUUCCUCAAGAGGUGUAAGGACUUCAUGAUGAUGGCUGCUGAAUGGAAAUGGAGGAAUCGGAAGGAACAAGCAUAUGGCGGCUUCUUUCCUCUACUGAAAUAACUUUAUAUCAAUUAACCUGUGAUGGCUGUAGGCCCUGUUGUACGACUGUGCUCUCCAAUUAGAGUUUAUUUUCUAUAAUUCUGUCAUGCAUUUGUUUUUAUACAUUCUUAAGGUUUUCACUGUGAAUUUGUGAAAAAAUUAUAUGAAUUUAUACACAUAGAAAUGAUCUCUAUGAAAGAAUACUUUGACUUUGUCUUUCAUUUCCCAUUUUUGUGGAAACCUAAACAUUAUUGUAAUUUAAUAUAAAACUACAUAUUAAAUGUAAUUAUGAUUUACACAAAA